GCCGUUCGCGAAACGUCAACACGGGGGUGGCCGGCGGUAGCGGCGGCCGUGGUACGUCUUCGUCGUCGUUGUCGUUGUUGUCGUCGUCGUGCGCCUCUUCCUUGUGGCGGCGGCGGCAUCGGCGGCGGCGGUAGUGGUGGUGGCGGCGGCGGCGGCUUGGUGUGUCCCGGGGUAACCGCGCCUUCUCGGGUUGGGUUUAAUUGAGUGAGGAAACGCGGAGGGAGCGAGGCUGAAAUCGCGUGGGCCAUCUCCGCUCAGGAUCAAUGUUUUGGUCUUGGACUCCAUUCUAGAGAGUUGACGGUUGUUGAGAGGAAGCUGAGCCCAUCAAAUGAAGGACACGGUGGGGGUUCCUUUUGAGGCUGCCAUAGAUGUACUAAUAUCCGUGAUACAAAUGGAACAACAAGAGAAUAUCUGCUUGUCGAUUCAUUUGGUGCUUGAACCAAAAUAAAAGUUGUCCUGGAACAACUAAGCCUGACAGUUGCGAAGGAGCCAGUGGAACAAGAGCAUGGCUAUGAGCAAUGGGAAUGGUGACUUCAUGGUUCAGAGCAAUGGCAGUGUCCCAUCAAAUGCUAACGGUAACAGCGUCCCUGCAGCCUGUGAUGGAGACCACCUCCCCCAGCACCUGUCGUCCAAGGAGACCUCAAGGACAAAAGUGAGUCAGAGCAGUGGGCUGCUGCCAUACGGCAUGGCCAAGCCAUCCAACCUCUUUCCAGAGAGCACGAUAAAUAACCAAAGACCUGUGCCGCAAUGUUGCCACCAUUGUCCAUACCAUCAUCCGUUGUGUUGUCACAGUAACCAACCAGAUUGCCAUUCCUUGGGAAAUACCACCGUCACCUCUCCAUUGACUCCCUCCUGCCUGCAGCCGCGGUCUGAGUACGCGACAUCUGUGUGCCAAAACAAUCCCCAUAACCAUCCGGCUGGCUGCUGCCACCAGCCCACCUCAUCUCUCAUCGAUCACUCUCCGCUUUGUCUUCAUCAUCGCUGGCCUGACCACUUCCAGCAUCAGCCUCUGCAGCAGCAACACAUCCCCAACAUCAGACCUCCGAGGCCCUUCCGAUUCCCUCGAAGCUACGCAGCUCUGAUCGCUGACUGGCCGGUGGUGGUUCUGGGACUCUGCACGGUGCUGAUAGUUAUAUGUGCGUUGGUCGGAAUCCUGGUGCCAGAUCUUCCAGACUUCUCUGACCCACUGCUGGGAUUUGAACCCAGAGGAACAGCAAUCGGCCAGAGAUUGGUCACCUGGAAUAACAUGGUGAAAAACACAGGGUAUCAAGCAACGCUUGCAAACUAUCCUUUCAAAUACGCAGAGGAACAAGCCAAGAGUCACCGGGAGGACAGAUGGUCAGAUGACCCAUACGAGAGAGACAAGCGGCAGGCAGAGUGGAAUUUCCACAAGGACAGUUUCUUCUGCGAUGUUCCAAGUGACCGGUAUUCCCGGGUGGUGUUUGCCUCAGCCGAUGGGGAGAACAUGUGGCGAAUGCAGUCGAUUAAAUCCAUGUGCAAUCUUGACAACACCAGGAUCCGGUCGCACUUCCAAUUCGGGGACCUCUGUCAGAGGACGUCCGCUGCCUCCUGCUGUCCCAGCUGGACCCUGGGCAACUACAUCGCCAUCCUCAACAACCGCUCCUCGUGCCAGAAGAUCACCGAGCGGGACGUGGCCCACACCCUGAAGCUCCUCCGCUCCUGCGUUAAGUAUUACCACAACGGGACGCUGGGGCCCGACUGCUGGGACGUGACCACCCGGCGCAAGGACCAGCUCAAGUGCACGUCCGUGCCCCGCAAGUGCACCAAGUACAACGCCGUUUACCAGAUCCUCCACUACCUGGUGGACAAGGACUUCCUCAGCCCCCAGACGCUGGACUACGUGAUCCCAGCACUGAAGUACAGCAUGCUGUUCAUCCCCACCGAGAAGGGGAAGAGCAUGAUGGACAUCUACUUGGACAACUUUGAGAACUGGAACUGCUCGGAUGGUGUCACCACCAUCGCAGGCAUCGAGUUUGGGAUCAAGCACAACUUGUUCCAGGACUACCUUCUGAUGGAUACUGCGUAUCCUGCCAUUGCCAUUGUGAUCGUCCUCCUGAUCAUGUGCAUCUACACCAGGUCCAUGUUCAUCACCCUGAUGACCAUGUUUGCCAUCAUCAGCUCCCUGAUCGUCUCCUACUUCCUCUACCGGAUAGUCUUCGGCUUCAAGUUCUUCCCCUUCAUGAACCUCACCGCCCUGAUCAUCCUGGUGGGGAUCGGGGCGGACGACGCCUUCGUCCUGUGCGACGUGUGGAACCACACCAAGUUUGACAAGCCCCAGGCCGAGCUGGUGGAGACCAUGGGCAUCACCCUCAACCACGCCGCCCUCUCCAUGUUCGUCACCAGCUUCACCACCGCCGCUGCCUUCUACGCCAACUACGUCAGCAACAUCACCGCCAUCCGGUGCUUCGGCGUCUAUGCUGGGACAGCCAUCCUGGUCAACUACGUGCUCAUGGUGACCUGGCUGCCGGCGGUGGUGGUGCUGCACGAACGCUACCUGCUGCAUUUGUUCCAGUGCACCGACAAGCCCGGGCGGAGGGUCUACCGCGACGGCUGGCCCGCCCGGCUGGGCCGCCGGCUGAAGCGCCUCCUGCUGACGGCCUCUGACGCCUCCCGCGUCUUCUUCGAGAAGGUGCUGCCCUGCCUCGUCAUCAAGUUCCGCUACAUCUGGCUGUGCUGGUUCCUGGCGCUGACCGUGGGCGGUGCCUACAUCGUCUGCGUCGACCCCAAGAUGAAGCUGCCCUCACUGGAGCUCUCCGAGUUCCAGGUCUUCCGCUCGUCCCACCCCUUCGAGCGCUACGACGCUGAGUUCCGCCGGCUCUUCGUCUUCGAGCGGGCACACCACGGCGAAGAGCUGCACAUGCCCAUCACCCUAGUGUGGGGGGUCUCGCCCGUGGAUGCCGGCGACCCCCUCAACCCCCAUGACAAGGGGCAGCUGGUGCUGGACGCUGCCUUCGACGUGGCCAGCCCCGCCUCCCAGCUCUGGCUGCUGCACUUCUGCCAGCGGCUGAGGAACCAGACCUUCUACCGGCAGAGCGAGGAGCAGGACUUCACCAGCUGCUUCGUGGAGACCUUCCGGCAGUGGAUGGAGAACCAGGACUGCGAGGAGCCCAGCCUCUACCCCUGCUGCAGCCAGUCCACCUUCCCCUACAGGCAGGAGGUCUUCGAGCUGUGCAUCAAGCGGGCCAUCAUGGAACUGGAGCGCAGCACAGGCUACCACCUGGACAGCAAGACCCCCGGGCCCCGCUUCGACAUCAACGACACCAUCCGGGCCGUGGUGCUGGAGUUCCAGAGCACCUACCUCUUCACCCUGGCCUACGAGAAGAUGAGCCGCUUCUACGCCGAGGUGGACGCCUGGGUCUCGGAGGAGCUGAAGGCCGCCCCGGCCGGCCUCAGCCGGGGCUGGUUCGUCAGUGGCCUGGAGUUCUUUGACCUGCAGGACAGCCUGUCGGGCGGCACGCUGGUGGCCAUGGGCCUGUCGGUGGCCGUGGCCUUCGGCGUCAUGCUGCUGACCACCCGCAACCUGGUGAUCAGCCUCUACGCUAUCGCCUCCAUCGCCGGUACCAUCUUCGUCACCGUCGGCUCGCUGGUGCUGCUGGGCUGGGAGCUCAAUGUGCUGGAGUCGGUCACCAUCUCGGUGGCGGUGGGGCUGGCCGUCGACUUUGCCGUCCACUACGGCGUGGCCUACCGGCUGGCGCCCGAGGCCGACCGCGAGGGCAAGGUGGUCUUCUCCCUCAGCCGGAUGGGCUCGGCCAUCGCCAUGGCAGCCCUGACCAGCUUCGUGGCGGGGGCGAUGAUGAUGCCCUCCACCGUGCUGGCCUACACCCAGCUGGGCACCUUCAUGAUGCUCAUCAUGUGCGUCAGCUGGGGCUUCGCCACCUUCUUCUUCCAGUGCCUGUGCCGCUGCCUGGGCCCGCAGGGCUCCUGCGGGCAGAUCCCCCUGCCCCGCCGGCGCGCCCCGUCCCCCGCCCCUCCGGCUGCCGGGGGGCGCCGCCACUGGGAAGCCGGCGCUGGCGGGCGGCCUGAGGGCUAUGAGCUGGAGCCGCUGGCCGGCGCCCCCAAGGGCUCCGACCCCCGGCUCUUCAACGGGAGUCGGGCGCCCGCCUACCAGCCCGCCACCCCGCCCCACCCCUGCCCCCACCCCCACCACCACCCUGGGGUGGAGCAGCCCAGCCGGGCACCAGGCGGACGGGAGCGGGCGGCAGAGAGCGUCGCUGCACGGGUUCAUGCCAACCCCCAUUAGAGGCCCGCAGUGGGGGGGAUGGAGGGAGGGUGUUGGGGGGCAACCCACAAUCCGACCUGUGGGGUCUCGGGGGCCAGUGGACCCAACCCAGGGACAAAUGGAGUCAGUGGACCGUCACCCCAUCCAGUGGGGUCUCAGGAGCCAGUGGAUCCUCCCCCCAUCCAGUGGGGUCUUGGGAGCCAGUAGACCCUCCCCCCCCCAUCCAGUGGGGUCUUGGGAACCAGUGGACCCCCCCCCCCAUCCAGUGGGGCCUUGGGAGCCAGUGGACCCUCCAUCCAUCUAGUGGGGUCUCAGGAGCCAGUGGACCCUCCAUCCAUCUAGUGGGGUCUCAGGAGCCAGUGGACCCUCCCCCCAACCAGUGGGGUCUGAGGAGCCAGUUGACCCUCCUUGACCCAGGAACAGCUGGAGCCAGCGGACCCUCCUGCAGACAGAGAGCGGGACAGCCAGGCUCCCUGGGCCAUGGAGAGGGUGUGCAGGGUGGGGACCCAGACCUCCCCCUGGCCCCCCCCCAUCCCACACCCCACCCCCCACCGGCCCCAGUAAAGGCAACUCCUCAGGGCAGCACGAACCAAAACCCAGCCGGCUCUCCCUGCAGCGUCCGGCGGGGACCUGGCGGACACACUGGUCCCCACGGAGCCACUCUCCCAGCUGCAGCGAGCUGCUACCGAAUGGCAGGCGGUCCUCGGGGAGGGGGCCCGGAGACCGACUCCCCUCACCCCAUCCCCUCCCGCCCCCCCAUCUAAAAGUGCAAUUGUGUCCACACCACUUUUUCAAAGGCCGACUGAACCCCUCCCCUCCCGCCAGUGCCCGCUGUCUGGGUUAGACGUUCCCAGCUAACACCUGAGUCCUCUGCGCACAGGGAGGUCACUGCCAGGGGCUUGAAUUCGAGGCAGGAGCACGUCCGGCGGGGGCGGGACUGUGCCAGGGGCCGAGGCAAGCCAUCGAAGGGCAGGCGGGCCGGAGAUGGUGCCAUGAUAAAGGAAUCUCGUCACAUCCUUCCCAAGUUAUUCUCUCCAACUUCCUCCCCCACCCACCCAGCCAUCCUUCUCGGUGUCCCAGCACAGACCAGCGGCGUUCCACACCCCGGACUGCUCCCGCUGCGUCUGUGCCGGUGGGGAGACUGGGACGUGGCACCAUUGACCCCACACCAACUCCCGCCGUCACCGGGGAGGGGGGGGACAAGGCGUGUCCCUGGUGCUGCUCCACCAGUCAGCAGCUGGUUCCCCAUCUCAAUCCCUGGAUUAUCUCCUCCCCUCACGCCCCCCACCCCUGGAGACGUUGAUAGCAGGAAUUCUGGCUGAGCUUCUCACCCUGCUUCUGCCCAGCACCCGGGGGGGGGGGGAGGGGGGGUGGUCCUGGUCCCCACAGUUCAGUGUCGUGCCCACUGUCUUUGUCCACUCAGCGUGUCUGCCUCCCCCUCCCCCUCCGGCCUGAGGCAAGAGGGUGGGAGGGAGUGGAUGGGAGGCGGGACUGGGGCCCCCUCCGUCAGUCUUCCCCAUCCUUUGCCUUAUUUCCACCACCAGACCGUGGACCAGAGGUGACCUACCAUUACCCGGAGGGUAAUCGAUCCCCCUCCUCGCUGUCCCUCCCCAGACCACUGGGACCGGACGCAGCCUGGUGCCGGGAGGGUAGUCUCACCCCCCCCCCACCCCCACGUUUGGGGAGGCAUCGUCUGCAGGGUGGGCGUGCACAGGGCACGCCAAGGUCCCCGUGCCCAUCCCGCCUCCCACAGCUUCUCGCCGUGCUGAAGUGGGGAUUGCUGUGACACCCCCAGCCCGUCACCUCUCUCACUCCAUCCCCCAACCCCCCCCCCCACCCCACUGUCCCUACCUCCACUGCCCUGACACCUCUGCCAUCACUGUGCAAGCACCACGCCGUGACCCCCUGGGUUUUGGGAAGCCCCCCCCCCACCCGUGUGUGACCGCGUGCCUUUGGUGGGGUUUGGAGGCCGAGUGAUGCCCCAGAGAGGGACACGUUGUCAUUCUGUGAUCCCUGGCGUUCCACCGUACCCCCAGGGGUUGCUCUGGGGAUCGGCUGGGGCUCGGGGUGCCUUCUGUCCAGCAGUGGAGGGUUCGGGGAUCUCCGCAGCUGCCCGUGACAGUAACUGAUGUGUCCCAGAGUACCGAUCCGUCCUGUCCAACUUCUGGCCACUUAAUGUAUUUGAUACUCAGUCCAGUUCAUUGAUUUGACCAGCUGAUUAUCACCCAACUUCGUCUUUGAUCAUGGCACCAAUCUCUCUAUCCCCAGCCAUAUAAAAACAGAUCAAGUCUACCAACCAUUGUCACAACUGUUCUCCCCACUCUCCGCCAUCACCCGUCACUUGCAUCAGAAGUAACUGUGACCAUGUCACAUUUUUACACACAGGUUUUUGUACACAAACUGGGAUGGACUCCUGACGAUCAAACCUUUGAACCAGUGAGCCCGUCCCGUUCCCCUCUUCAUUUUGUUCUUCUUGACCCGAGUUGAGUAUUGGG